CCCCAGGCCCAACGUAACCGACCUCUUUCCUAUUUCAAUGCUCUCUAUUUAUAAACGUAAAUUUCCGUUCUUCGGAAUCAUCUCGUCUGUUUGUUUUCUUUUCGUUAAUUGCAUCCGUCGAUCGCUUUCAAAGAGACUUUUUGGUCAAUUCUACUCCCAAGAAUUAACCCCAUUGUUUUAAUCCCAGUCUGCGCGCGUUUCUCUUCGCUGGUUCUUGUUCUUCUUCUCUUAUCUCCGCCGAACAGCGAGAAUGGCAGCGAUGAUUGCUAAGCAAGAGCGGUUGAACUGUCAUACUGGUCAAAGUAUGCAGAUAAUUAAGGAACCCUUAAGUUCGUGGCAUGCAUCAAAGAAAAGAAAGCCCGUGAUGGUCCACCAUGAAAAUAAAAGGACAAUAUCUGAAGGGAAGGACAAUAUAGGGCAAUUGUCAAGACAAGCAAAAAAUCCAUCAAAGAAGCGAAAGCUAAGUAAAGAAAUUGAAUUCUUAGAGGAUGAGAAAAUUCCUAAGAGGCAUUGGAAUGGAGUAGACAAGAUAACUACUUCUGAGGAAGAUGUAUUAGAUGGAUGGGAUGAGGAAGCUAUUGUGUUUAUGAACGUGAAAACACGGAGCAAAAGCAGAAAUUCAAACAGUGUGAUGAUCAAAAGAAGCCCUAAGGAGACUAAGAAGAAUAACUGUGAUCCUAUUGAUACUUCAUUGCAUUCUUCAUCGCCUUUGUUAUCAUCAUCUUCAGGCUCAUCGUUGUCACAUCUGAAAAGUGAUGAUAGCAGCAGAGAGAGAUGCACAAAGAAAAAUGUUAAGGCCAAGAGAGAUAAGUUCAAGUGUCAUCAGUGUAUGACUGAAAGGAGAAUUGUUGUUCCGUGCAUGAAAUGUGAAGACAAAGUGUAUUGUAUCCAUUGUAUCAGACAAUGGUAUCCCCAUAUACCAGAAGAAAAAAUUGCAGAGCAGUGCCCUUCUUGUUGCAGGAAUUGCAAUUGCAGCAUCUGUUUGCACUCAAGUGGAUUGAUUAAGACAUCAAGGAGGAACAUCACAGAUCAGGAAAAGAUUAAGCAUCUGAAAUACUUGAUCGAGUCAAUGUUUCCCUUUCUGAAACAAAUUUGCAAAAUGCAAAAUCAGGAGACAGAGGUUGAGGCUGACAUUCGUGGGUUGCUGCCAUCUGCAGUUGAAAUACCAGAGACUUUUUGUUAUAAUGAUGAGCGUGUCUAUUGUAACCACUGUGCAACUUCGAUCUUUGACCUUCAUCGUGGCUGCCCAAAAUGUUCAUAUGAACUCUGUCUUAGUUGUUGUCAAGAAAUUCGGGAGGGAAGCCUUUCUACUCAUGAUGAAGUUGCAUAUAAAUACAGGAACAGAGGUUACAAUUAUAUUCAUGGUGGAGACCCUUUACCAGAAUCUUAUCUUCAUGAAUCAGCUAAGGAUCAGUCUGUGCCAUCACUUCAGUGGAAAGCCAAUAAUGAUGGAAGUAUUACUUGUCCUCCUAGAGAAAUGGGUGGUUGUGGUGAUUGCAGUUUGGAGCUUAAGCGAAUCCUUCCAGUGGGAUGGAUAUCAAAUUUGGAAGCAAAGGCAGGGGAAAUGUUGAGCACCUGCAAAACUAGGCAAGGAAUAUUGAAGGAUGAAUGUACAGUAUCAGGUAGAGAGACAGUACAGAGGGUGACCUCCAGAGACGGAUCUAAUGACAAUUGCUUAUAUGCUCCAACUUCAAGUGACAUUCAAGGGGAAGACCUUUCUCACUUUCAAAUACACUGGGCCAAAGGUGAACCGGUUAUUGUUCGGAAUGCUCUUGCAAAUUCAACUGGUUUAAGCUGGGAGCCAAUGGUCAUGUGGCGUGCUUUAUGUGAAAAAGUGGAUUCAGAUAGUAGUUUGGAUAUGUCUGAAGUUAAGGCCAUUGAUUGUCUAGCUGGCUGUGAGGUGGAAAUCAAUACGCGUCAAUUUUUCAAAGGCUAUAUGGAAGGGAGAAGAUAUGAUAACUUCUGGCCUGAGAUGCUCAAGUUAAAGGACUGGCCCCCAUCCAAUGAGUUUGAGGAUCUUUUGCCUCGGCAUUGUGAUGAGUUUAUUAGUGCAUUGCCAUUUCAAGAAUACAGUGAUCCUAGGUCCGGUAUCCUUAACCUUGCUGUGAAGUUGCCACCAGGCGUCCUGAAACCAGACUUGGGGCCAAAAACAUAUAUUGCUUAUGGGAUUGCAGAGGAGCUUGGAAGAGGGGACUCUGUGACAAAGCUUCAUUGUGAUAUGUCAGAUGCGGUAAACAUUUUGACACAUAUUGCAGAUGUAGCCUUAAGCAAAGAGCAACUUGCUGCAAUAGAAGAAUUGAAAAUGAAACAUAAGGCACAGGAUGAAAAGGAACAUUUAGAGAGACGGAGAGUAGACAAGCAUCCUAUUAAAGAAGGCCUUGAUGUAGAAAGUAGUGAUCUGGAAAAUAAGAUGGAUGCCCCGGAAAUCAAAGAUCAGAAAGAUCACUACUCUGAUAAUAAUAUACUUGAUGCUUCCCCAGAUGAACUUGGAGCUAGAAUUCCAGGUCUCUACACCAGCAGAAAGGAGACAGGUGGUGCCCUGUGGGACAUUUUUAGGAGGGAGGAUGUUCCUAAACUGGAGGCUUAUCUUAGGAAGCACUCUAAAGAAUUCAGGCAUACCUAUUGCUCCCCGGUUGAACAGGUAAUCCAUCCAAUUCACGACCAAUCAUUUUACCUAUCUGUGGAGCACAAAAGGAAACUGAAGAAGGAAUUUGGAGUCGAGCCAUGGACGUUUGAACAACAUCUUGGGGAGGCUGUUUUCAUUCCUGCUGGAUGUCCACACCAAGUUAGAAAUCUGAAGUCAUGCACGAAAGUUGCUGUGGACUUCGUGUCCCCAGAGAAUAUCAAGGAGUGCCUGCGUUUAACUGAGGAGUUCCGCCAGCUUCCCAAGAACCAUAGAGCCAGAGAAGACAAACUUGAGAUCAAGAAAAUGAUCAUUUACGGAGUAGAACGAGCUAUCAAAGAACUAGAAGAACUGAUAUCAACUCUGAAUUCAGCCCUGUAAGAGCUUCUCCAACCUGCAACAACCGAACUUCGCCUUAUGUUGGUCGAGUAACAAAGACUAUCUGGGGUCGGAUACUAGCUUUUGUAAAACUUAUGGGCUCAUAUCUUUUUGUCGUGUCCCGGGUACAAGUUUUUGAAAAUUCGACUCUCAAAACAAACCUAAUUGUAAAUUUUUUGGGCACUUCGAGUAAAUAUAAUUUUUUUCAGCAAUUAUGCUGCUAUUUA